GUGGCCAACGAUUUUCUUCCGCCUCUCCUGGAUGCUGUUGCGUUGGAUUACCAACAGAGCUCACCCUCCGCUCGAGAGCCUGAAGUGCUCAAUACCAUGGCAACUAUCGUAAACCGCCUGGGCGAGUAUGUUCUUCCGGCUCUACCGCGUAUCCUGGAUGCAGUUUUUCAGUGCACCCUCGAGAUGAUAAAUAAGGACCUAGAGGAGUUUCCAGAACACCGAACAAACUUCUUCACCCUUCUGCAGGCAGUCAACGCACACUGCUUCUCCGCUCUUCUCAGCCUGUCCACCGACAAAUUCAAGCUAAUUCUUGACAGUGUCAUUUGGGCAAUCAAACACACCAUGAGACAAGUUUCUGAAACUGGCCUGAAUAUUCUGCAUACAAUGCUGUCAAACAUGGCUAACACCAAUUCCUUGGAGCAGCAAAUGUUCUUUAAGAAUUUUUACAUGGACAUAGUGCAGCACAUGUUUGCCGUUGUCACGGACCGCUCGCAAACCGGAAACCUGACCCUACAGUCCUCCCUUCUGGCCUACAUGUUCAAAAUUGUCGAAAACGGCGUUAUCACAAUACCACUAGGCGACAGCCCCGCGGCCGCCGUCCCUCCCGAGACUAAUGUCCAGUUUGUGCGUGAUCGCCUGUUGGAGCUCCUGCGCCUAGCCUUUCCGCACCUCCAGGAGGCCCAAAUUGUCCUCUUCAUAAAGGGUCUUUUCUCCUUCGACCAGGAUGUGGCCGCUUUUCGGGAGCACUUGCGUGACUUCCUUGUACAGAUUCGAGAAAUUUCGGGCGAGGACCUGGCUGACUUGUAUUUGGAAGAGCGCGAGGCCGAGAUCGCGAAAGCGCAACAAGAAAAGCUGAAACGACAGGCCAUUGUUCCGGGUCUUCUGGGUCCCCACGAGAUGGAGAUGGCGGAUUGA